AUGAUGUCCCGCUCCAAUACAGCACGACCAUCCACCGCAUCACGAAUUCGCAUCUCGUCGUCAACCACACACUAUGUAUCGUCCAAGCCGGCAUCACAGCCGGGGCAGCAGCGGCAACAACAGCGGGAACAGCAGCGGCUGCAGUCCAUCGACAUGGACGAUGAUGAUGUGGAGCAGGCAUUUGUCCAAGCCAUAUCCGAAUAUGUGACGGAGGAUUGCUUGCGAGAAGCGAGUGGCAAGGACAACCUGGAAGACGUCGAGUAUAUCGAAUUACAGGCGGACACGAGCGAAAGUAGCCUGGCUCGACUGGGCCAGCUAUUGCCGAAUUUGAAGGAGUUGAAGAUGGUUUCCAGCAACAUCACAACAAUCAGGGAUCUUGGAACGGCACUAACAAACCUGCAAGUGCUGUGGAUGUCCAAGUGCAACCUGUCGGACCUCAGCGGCAUCAGCAUGCUGACCUCGCUUCGUGAGCUGUACGUUGCGUUCAACGAUGUGUCGGAGUGCAGUCCGCUGUCAAUGCUGGAGCAGCUGGAGGUCCUCGACCUCGAAGGCAAUUCCAUCCGGGACACAGCGCAGGUUGAGUACUUGAGUCUGUUGCCGCGGCUGCGAAGUCUGUCGUUGGACGGAAACCCGCUACUGAAAGCGUACAAGUCUAAGGCCACAUAUCGACAGGCCGUCUUUGACAUGAUCCCAACGUUGGCGCUGCUUGACGAUGUGGCGAAAGGAGAUGCUGUUGAGGAGACAACAGAUGCUGCAACCUCAAUCCUCAUUCCAACGCUGCUCAAGAAGCGCCCAGAUACCACCCAAGAUCCAAGCGUCAGGGAAACGGUUCGCCCUGGAACAGCGCGGCCGGCAACCAAACACACAGUGCGGCCGCGCACGGCGUCCACGGCCCUCGCCCGCGAGUCAUCGGUCGGCGGUGUUGAUGAUGAUGACGAGGAUGGCGACACGAAUGACGGCAGCAGCAGCCUGACGCACGGCUCUGCUGUUGCAUUUCAAGGCAACCCGCUCAAGGCGCUGCUUGCGCGCAGGAAGCAGACGUCCAUUGAUGGCGACGUUGAUGGCACGCCGCUGGAGGAGCUGAUGAUGAGUGUUGGGCUGUUCGAUGAAGAGGAGGAAGAGGACGACCCGUUUGCAGAGAUGACGCGCGAGCAAGUGUUUGACGAGCUGCGGUCGUGGCGGGAGAGGUUUGCUGCGUUAUCUGCCGAAGAUGUGGCACGGAAGGCGAAGGAAACAGCGGCGAAGAACAGACACGCGGAGGAGCAGCAGGCCAAGUCCAACACUGCGUCGCCAAGGCGGCGGCCAGAGACAGCCCGGCCAGCGCGCGCCCGCCGCGUUCCCGCACCGCCAAGCGCUGCACUCUCACAGACACACACGCAGAUGCAACGGCGACAGCCGCAGCCGCCUGCGACGGGGCGAGCGCGGGCGAGGCCAGCACCGCCAGGGAUGCAGCGCCCACAGACCUCUGCGGGCCCACGCGUGCGUCGGUUGCGGUCCAUGCCUGGCCGCCGCCUCCCUGUGCUCCGCCCGCUCUCCGGCACCGCCAUCCCCAGCGGUCGCGGCGGUGCAACGGCUCCAUCGUCCGGUGGUGGCAACGGUGGUGGUGGUGAUGGUGAUGGUGAUGGGUUGCGUCACUUGCCACAGCCACCCGGGCGGGCACCCCGGCCACCACGCCGCCCCAACAGAUCCGCACAUCUCUGA